CGCUGCGAUGACUGGGGACUAGACACCAUGAGGCAAAUCCAAGUAUUUGAAGAUGAGCCCGCUCGCAUUAAGUGUCCCCUCUUUGAACACUUCUUGAAGUUUAACUACAGCACUGCCCACUCUGCUGGGCUUACUCUGAUCUGGUAUUGGACUAGACAAGACAGAGAUUUGGAGGAACCCAUUAACUUCCGCCUCCCUGAGAACCGCAUCAGUAAGGAGAAAGACGUGCUCUGGUUCCGGCCCACACUUCUCAACGACACUGGCAACUAUACCUGCAUGCUAAGGAAUACCACAUAUUGCAGCAAAGUUGCAUUUCCCCUGGAAGUUGUUCAGAAAGACAGUUGUUACAAGUCCCCCAUGAAACUCCCAGUACAGCGGCUCUAUCUAGAAAACGGCAUUCAGAAGAUUUCUUGUCCAAAUGUUGAUGGAUAUUUUCCUCCCAGUAUCAAGCCAGCCUUCACUUGGUAUAAGGACUGCACAAAAAUUGAGAAUUUUCAUAAUGUGAUCACUGAAGGUAUAAACUUGAGCUUUCUCAUCCCCUUCAUUUCAAACAAUGGGAAUUACACAUGUGUUGUUACUUAUCCAGAAAAUGGACGCAUCUUUCAUCUUACUCGGACUCUGAUUGUAAAGGUGGUAGGCUCUCCAAAAGAUGCAGUGCCUCCUCAGAUCUAUUCGCCCAAUGAUCGUGUGGUAUAUGAGAAAGAACCAGGAGAGGAGCUGUUGAUCCCCUGUCAAGUCUAUUUUAGUUUUAUAAAGGACUCCCACAAUGAGAUUUGGUGGACCAUCGAUGGGAAAAAGCCUGAUGACGUCACUAUUGACAUAACCAUCAAUGAAAGUGUAAGUUAUUCUAAAACAGAAGAUGAAACAAGAACUCAGAUUUUGAGCAUCAAGAAAGUUACUCUUGAGGAUCUCAAGCGCAACUAUGUCUGUCACGCAAGAAAUGCCAAAGGAGAAGUUGACAGAGCAGCCAAGGUGAAGCAGAAAGUGGUGCCUCCAAGAUACACAGUUGAACUGGCAUGUGGUUUUGGAGCCACUGUCCUGCUAGUGGUGGUUCUCAUUGUUGUUUACCAUGUUUACUGGCUGGAAAUGGUCCUCUUCUACCGGGCUCACUUUGGAACAGAUGAAACCAUUCUAGAUGGGAAGGAAUAUGAUAUUUAUGUAUCCUAUGCAAGGAAUGCUGAAGAAGAGGAAUUUGUGUUACUGACCCUCCGAGGAGUUUUGGAGAAUGAAUUUGGUUACAAGCUGUGUAUCUUUGAUCGGGACAGUCUGCCUGGGGGAAUUGUCACAGAUGAGACCUUGAGCUUCAUUCAGAAAAGCAGACGCCUCCUGGUUGUCCUAAGUCCCAACUACGUGCUCCAGGGAACCCAAGCCCUCCUGGAGCUCAAGGCUGGCCUAGAAAAUAUGGCCUCUCGGGGUAACAUCAACGUCAUUUUAGUGCAGUACAAAGCUGUGAAGGACACCAAGGUGAAAGAGCUGAAGAGGGCUAAGGCGGUGCUCACGGUCAUUAAGUGGAAAGGGGAGAAAUCCAAGUAUCCCCAGGGCAGGUUCUGGAAGCAGCUUCAGGUGGCCAUGCCAGUGAAGAAUAGCUCAAGAUGGUCUGGCAGUGACAAGCAGGGGCUCUCCUAUUCUUCCUUGAAAAACGUAUGAAAAGGGAGCCCAAAGGAGUAUAAAGAGCCAAGAGUACUCUUGAGAAAUAAAAGUCCCACUUCUUUCACUCCCGAUGUAGGGUUUGAUUGGCAGAACCAAGUUCUGUCAAAGCCUUCUUAUUAGGGACAACUUCAAGGUGACUUUGGGGUCAGCUCUUCUGCGUCUGGGGCCACACCAAGGUUUAGAGUGAGACAGUCACAGUCUGUCACCAGUCUCUGAUGUCACUAUGGUCUUUUCGGGCAAUGGCAUAAUUUUCUUCUUCUUUAUCCUCCAUCCCUGAUCCAGUCUCUUUCCAUUGCUUUGUGAAACUCUAAUAUUACAGAUUGUCCACAGAUUUAACAACCCCUUUGAGGUAUGUUGCUUGUUGACAAGGAUAUUAUUUUUGUGAGAAAAGUUUUCUUUUUUUCCCCACUUCUUUGUUCAUCCACUAGAAAGAUAUUCAUAGCCUAAAUUUAUUUUAGCUGGGGCUAAUGAACUCAAUACAUCUCCACAGCAAGACAGACAGACAUCCAACUGGGAUGACACAAUGCAGUCUAAGUACAGCUGUUUCUUACAAUUCUUUCAGCCUGUCUAAAAGGCAAGAUGUAUUUUUUCAAGUGUCCCACUUGCUUUCAUCUCACGUAACUGAUAUUGCAUUUAUAAACUUGAAAAAAAAACACUUUGUCAUCACUUCUAUUUUAUUAUUGUAAAUUUUUGGUUCUCUUUAUAGAUUGAUACACUUAUCACCCAUCGGUUCCAUAUUUUAUUCACUCCAUUGAUAACAGGAAAUGUGAUCAUUCAGAGUUUGACAAAAAAAUCUGAUUAUACAGAUGAUGCCAAACUUGGUUUAUACUAAAAGAAAUGUAAUGAGUUUAAUGGAGAGAGGGAAAACGUUUUUAGGCCAGUUUUUCCCCCUAAGGCUUAAACUGAGGACCUAGGCAAUGUUCUUAACUUUUAUUGUUCAUGGCUGGUGCUCAACUGCUCAAAACAUUUCUGACUUUUAGCUUGUUAAUUGGUGAUAGAAGUUGCACAGAGCUUGUCCAAGCUGGCUUUGAACCAUGAUUCUCAGAUCUCAGCCUCCUGCGUAGCUAUGAUUACAAGAGUGAGUCACCAGUGCCUGGCCUUUAGGGCAUUUUUGACUUCUGAGAAGAGCACACACAUAUCUGGCAAACUGUCUUUUAAUACCAACCUUGCUAAUGUGAAAUAUGGGAAAGUGAUUUCUCUUGACUCAUUGGUGUCUCUUCAUUGUACAAUGUGGAGAAGAGAUCGGGUGAUCUUACCAGUUGCUGUGAUUGCAGUUGCUGUGAUCAUUAAUGUUCUCAAAGAAUCGUACUUCCUGUAAUAUGCCCAAUAGGACAGAUACUAUCUUGCUUCAGAUCAGUUUAUCUAAAUAGUACCUGUCAAUUAAAUUUGAUUUAAAAUAAAAUAUUACUGUUCUUCACACUUGGGAACUUGAAAACUAAGUGUAACAUUUACAGAGUGGUGAAUAUCUAUGUUACAUAUAGAAAAAUAUAUAUAAUCUGUAUGUGUAGAUAUUUAUAUCCAUAUCACAUGGAUUGCUUGUGGGUGGGGGGUAAUGAGAUUAUACAUGGGCACACACAUAUCUUUAAUUGCCAUUGGUACUCUAUUAGAAACAACAGAACUCUUGUCCAAGUUUUAUGUUAUGUUUAUUCUGUAAUGCUUUUGUGUUGGUGUUUUAAUUCCAUUAAUGUUUUUUGUGAAUUCAUGGUCAGUGGUUAUCAUUUGUUCUUUUUCUAGAUUAAUAGAAAUAGCCUACUACUGUACGGUUGAUCUAGGCUUCAAUGGAGACUAUUGUGCACAGAGGGUCCAUAGCCAUAGCUAAACAAGAGCCAUGCACAUGGUAUUGAUUGAUUUCCUACUCUAUUCUCAGCAGGCACAUUUAGAAACUAAACUAUGUUAAUUUCAUGGCUCAGCCAGGUGGAUUGUUGAGUAAUAAAUGGAAAUAAAUAUACCUAUAAAUUAGCCGGAGUCUCCUACGAAACAUGAUAAUUUAUCAUUUUAAGAAGACUUUAUCCCUGUAAUAUGAGUAUUAAUAAGUAAUUCUAAAAUUAUCUCCUAUAUUUGUGCCUUUCAUCAGGAUAAGAGUAAUAAAUAAUUUCUCUAAUACUUAUCGAUUAUGUUAAAUUGAAAGAAAAAAUAUUCACUUGUGAAUUCUUGAUUAUAAAACUAUCAUGUAGAAAAGCCUUAUUAAUGCUGUUUAUUAUUAAACUUUCACUUACCAGACCAAGGAAAAGUUGAGUCCAGAUAAGCUUUGAAUACCAAUUCUUGCCUGAACUUUUCACAGCAAGGCGUAAUCUCCUCACCAAGGGGCUGCUCUCUUAUUAUGUUGCAUUCUUCACAUGCUGUUGGGUAUCCCCAAGAAAUUCCUUGAUUGUUUGCCUGUUCAUAUUCUUAUCUUUGAUACUGAGUUUUUCUAAAUUCAAUCAUACAAAACAUAUCAAAUACAAGUAGUUUAUAUCAUACAUUAGAGAUCUGAGGCUCAAGACAUUUUUUUAUGUUCCAGAAAAUUCUCAAUGCAGACUCUCUGUGGGAUAUAAGGACACAUAUACUUAAUUUAGAAGUCAAGAACAUAUGUCUCUUAUUAAAGACAAUGGCUUAAUGGUUUUAGAUCCAUAGGACCUUCUGUGCCCAGGUUAACAAAAACAAGCUAUAUAGAAUGUCUAACUACACAAUUACAUACAUUUUAUUUAGUUUUUCUUUGUAUUGUAACUUAGAUAAUUCCCUAGUAUUCUAAUUUAUAAAGCACUCCAUUGUAAUAGGAAAUACAAAUGUAACUGUUAAUUAUCCAUUUGUUUUACAUGCAUUUUAAUAUUUUGAGAUAUCUUUAAUUUUAUUCAUGAAAUUUUGUA